AUUUUCUUUUAGAGCUAAAAGAUAUAGAACACUCUUUUGUUUUCUUUAUUCCUUACACACAAUGGCUACUGGUAAAACCGAAAAGUCCCGUCGUACCCGUCAGAACGACACCAGAGAUGGUAAUCUCAGAGUCAAGGGUGAAAACUUCUACCGCGAUGCUAAGAAGGUCCAGCACUUGAACAUGUACAAGCAGGGCAAGGCCAUCCGUAACAAGAGAGGUGAGGUCAUCAAGGCUGCGGCCUUGCAAGACACCAAGGUGCCCACCGCGCGUGUUGAUCCAAAUCGGAAGUGGUUUGGUAACACCAGAGUCAUCGCCCAGGACGCCUUGACCCAUUUCCGUGAGGCUUUAGGCGAGAAGAAGAACGAUUCCUACCAGGUUUUGUUGCGUCGCAACAGAUUGCCAAUGUCUCUUUUGGAGGAGAAGGACAUCACUGACUCCCCAACUGCCAACAUCUUGGAGACCGAGUCGUAUGAAAAGACCUUCGGUCCAAAGGCCCAGCGUAAGAGACAGAGAAUCGCUGCCGGUUCGUUGGAGGAGUUAGCUGAAUCUUCCGGUAAGGACACCGUCCUGUACACCGAGAAGAAGGAGUUGGAUGCCACCUUGGGUUUGAUGGGUGGCUCUAUCUUGGACGACGAUGACUUUACCCCAGAAGCCAAGGAGGCCAUCUUCCAUAAGGGCCAGUCCAAGAGAAUCUGGAACGAGUUGUACAAGGUUAUCGAUUCAUCUGAUGUGGUUAUCCACGUUUUGGAUGCCAGAGAUCCUUUGGGAACCAGAUGUAAGAGCGUUGAAGAAUACAUGAAGACUGAAUGUGCCCACAAGCACUUGAUCUUUGUGUUGAACAAGUGUGACUUAGUUCCAACUUGGGUUGCCGCUGCUUGGGUCAAGAUUUUGUCCAAGGAUCGUCCAACGUUGGCUUUUCACGCUUCCAUCACCAACUCAUUCGGUAAGGGUUCGUUGAUCCAGUUGUUGAGACAGUUCUCCACCUUGCACUCCGAUAGAAAGCAGAUUUCCGUCGGGUUUAUUGGCUACCCAAACACCGGUAAGUCCUCCAUCAUUAACACCUUGAGACGCAAGAAGGUGUGCCAGGUCGCCCCUAUCCCAGGUGAGACCAAGGUCUGGCAGUACAUUACCUUGAUGAAGAAGAUUUUCUUGAUCGAUUGUCCGGGUAUCGUGCCACCAUCCGCCAAGGACUCUGAGGCGGACAUUUUGUUCAGAGGUGUCGUCAGGGUUGAACACGUCUCCAACCCCGAAAACUAUAUUCCGAAUAUGUUGGAGAAGGUUGACAGAAAGCACUUGGAGAGAACCUACGAAAUUUCUGGCUGGAACAACGCCACCGAGUUUAUUGAGCUCUUGGCCAGAAAGCACGGAAGACUCUUGAAGGGUGGUGAGCCAGACGAAUCUGGUAUCGCCAAACUCGUGUUGAACGAUUUCAACAGAGGUAAGAUCCCGUGGUUCGUUCCUCCGCCAAAGGACGAGGAAGUUAGAGAGGGCGAGGACAAGAAGGCCGACUAUAAGAGAAAGAGGGCGGAGAGAGAGCAGGCCAAAGCUGCUCCUCAGGAUGAGGAAGAUGUUGAGGAAGAAGAGGGUUCUUCCGCCAAGAAGCAGAAGGUUGAGGAAUAAGUCUUCCCUUUUCUCUUGAUAUUUUUCAUAUUUCUUGCAUGUAUUACUAUCGUCUGUCGUUGUAUUCCCCC